CCUAUCUGAGGUAGGUGACAGCUGCUGGGGGUGUCAGUAUAUGGCAGACAGUCUGGGACAGCAGAGCCACUCAGCUCCAAGCGCAGCAUGGGUGGAAACUACCUGCCAGCAAGGUGGAGGCUGGGCCGGCGCACGGUGUUACUGUUCUGCUCUCUGGGUGUGUGCAUGUUCUCCCUCCUCUGCUGUUACCAAGCCCUCCGACUGAGCCCAAGCUUCCAGACACAGGCCCCCCUGGCCCCCCCCACACCCCACCUCCUCCUCUGGAGAGACCCCGGGGCCCUGACCUUUGACCCUGGGCUUGACCCCGCCCCUGUCAGGCAGUUAUGGGUGAAGCCAGACCGGGUCGCCCUCCCCGACCCCACAGGACCAAUGGGUGAGAUUCACAAACGUCACUUCCUGCUUCAGGAAGACUCCACCCCCUACUUUGUACGCACCCAGUCUGGGGCGCUGUGCUUUAGAGACGGGAUGGAAUACCCCGCCCCCCCCCCGCCCUCCCCCUCCUCCAGAGGCGGGGAUCCACCCAGGAAGGAUGCCCGUCCCAGGUGUGUGUGCAGAGCGGGGUGGCACGGCCGUCACUGUGGAGUCCCCACCCUGGUGCAGCACUCCAACCUGGCCACCAGAAGGCGCCUCCUGCCAAGGGAGGUGCCUCGGCGCGUCAUCAACGCCGUCAACAUCAACCACGAGUUCGACCUCCUCCACGCACGCUUCCACGAGCUGGCCUCAGCCGUCGACCUCUUCCUGGUGUGUGAAUCCAAUUUUACAGCGUACGGCGAGCCGAAAGAGACUCCCUUCCUCCGCAUGCUGCUGAACGGCACCUUCAACUACGUCCGUCGUAAGAUCAUCUACGUGUUCCUCGACCACUUCCCCCCGGGCGGCCGGCGAGACGGCUGGAUUGCCGACGACUACCUCCGCACCUUUCUGACGCGCUCCGGCCUUUCCCGGCUGCGCGGGAAGCGUCCCGACGACAUCUUCAUCCUCGACGACGCCGACGAGAUCCCCACAGCUGCCGGCGUGCUCUUUCUGAAACUGCACGACGGCUGGACCGAGCCCUUCGGCUUCCACCUCCGCAAGUCCCUCUACGGGUUCUUCUGGCGGCAGCCCGGUAGUCUGGACAUCGUGUCCGGCUGCACGCUGGCCAUGCUGGACGCUGUCUACGCCGGCGACGGCAUCUUGCUGCGGAGGCGGAAUUACUACACCCUGCCGGGGUUUCGGGAGUACGAGCAGAGCGCUGGGCGCCGGCUGGCUCUGUGGUCGCUGGGCAGUGCCGUCCACUACGCCGGCUGGCACUGCUCCUGGUGCUUCCGGCCGGAGGGGAUCUACCGCAAGCUGGUGUCGGCCCAGAACGGAGACUUCCCCCGCUGGGGGGACUUUGAGGAGAAGAGGAACCUGAGCUACAUCCGGGAGCUAGUCAGGACGGGCGGCUGGUUCGAUGGCUCGGUGGAGGGGUACCCUCUGACUCACCUUGGUGAUCACAUGUAUGCACCAGAGUAUCUGCUGCAAAACUUUCAACAAUAUCACUACUUACUGAAGAAUCCAUAUGCUGCACCAGAGAGGGAAAACACAUAAAUGUUGAUCUCAUUGCCCUUGGGUAAUCGUUUGGCAGCUAUUUUGAUCAGAAAGUAACUCUUUACUAAUCACAUUUGACUUGUUUUCUUGUUGAACACAAAGGGAAGCGAGUGUUUGAUGAACUGUGCAGGUUUGGCUGAUACAUUUGAAACACCGAUGUACCUGGGGUGGGUAUGGACUCUCAGGUAAUCCACAAAGAAACUUCAAUAUAACAAAACAACUUAUGGUUGGUUGUUCACAAUAUGUGCUUCAUUUUUUGCAUACUCGCAAUGUUUUUGGGGCUAUCUUGUUGUUAUUAUCAGU